AUGGCACCAGGUGGCAGCUACCUCUACGAGCUAAGGAGAUGGGCUGAUGCCGUCAACGAGCUUAGUCGGGAAUGUGCCCAGCGCCGUGGCGACGUUUGCAUAAACCUCCUUGCGUACUUGCGGAACUUCCCAGAAUCGGACCAAGAUCCAAGUGGAGGUCAUGGUGUUCUUGGGUCGAAAUUGUACAACGAGAUGCGGCUUGCUUGCGAGGUUGGGAAAAAGCGGGCGCCAGUGCCAAAUGACAGUCCAGUCUGGUGUGACAACAGGACGGCUCUGUGCGAAAGGACAUCCUGCCGCCACUGGUGGCACGAAGUGCAUCCGCUGAAGGCGAUGCCUCAGCCAUGGGUGGACGACCGCGUCGAGUACGACCAAUUACGGAAUCUGUGCACUGCGAUUGAAAGACCUAGGAUAAACCAGUCAGAUCUUGACCGUUACCAGAAGAAUGCGGAGGCCCAAGCCUUGCACCUGCGCGAAGAGUUCUGCAGGCCAAAGUGGGUCGAUGGAUAUUGUGAGCCAAAGAAGCCACCCCGAGUUCAUGCACGGUGUACUUUGGAGGAUGGGCAAUUCUGUAAGAAGGGCCUCGUCAAAAGCGAUUCCGAAGCAGACAUUACCUCAGAGUGGGGGGAUGCCUUCAAGGAGCCACCCGUCCAGGUGGGGCUGGGGCCUUUGCUGCUGACGUCAGAUGCACCCAGCCGUUCUGACAAAAGGCAUGAACUCGGCAAGUUUCUGUGA